AGAGAGUGCAGUCACUUAAGGACAUCGCAAGGCUCAUUCGGAACAGGGAGUGUCAUAGGAUUGUGGUGAUGUCUGGUGCAGGAAUCAGUACACCCAGCGGAAUCCCUGAUUUCAGGUAUCCCAACCCUGGCAUUAGGAAUCUCAUAACUGACCACCAACAGCAAUGACAAUCAACCAGUAAUGUUACUGUGCAACAGACUAUCGAUGUGAUUAAUCUGAGGACUAUAACAAUGAGUAAUGGACUGCACUGUGCUGUUAUCCAGAGAAGCACGUUUGUUUCCCCUCUCAUGUAGAAGGAAUGAUACUUUACAUAGAAUCUUAACUCCCAACAGUUUUUAAGGCUGGGGAUCAAUUGAAAAUUUCAAGGCUGCAACUGAUAGAUUUUUGUUAGGUAUUGAGGAUUAUAGAACCAGUGCAAGUAGAUGGAGUUAAGAUACUGAUCAGGCAUGAAUUGAAUGUCAGAGUUGACUCAAGGGCUCAUUGGUCCUUUCUAUUCCUGUGUUCCAAAAGCAGGAAUAUAAAUCCAUGGUUUCCAGUCUGAUAGUUGAGUUUUCAGUGUUAAUUGGAAGCUCAGUGUUACCCAGUUGGUUAAUAGUAGGGCUACAUGUAUGAUAAACAGUCUAUAGAAUCUGUUUAAAAGAGUCUUUACAUGUUGCAGGAAACAAGGCUCAGGACUGAGGCUGCAGCAGUAUCUCCUAAUGAAAACAAGAUUUCGGUUAAAUAUUUUUUAUUUGUAUUUGAAGUAUGUCAAAGUGAUAUUCAGUUGUGUUAUGAUCAAUAUUUCCCACUUGGCCUUUUACAAUAACAUUUGCAGUUAACCUUGCUUCAUUGCACAAUGCUAAAUUUAAUUUAGAUUUAUCCCUUGUUGGUUCCACAACAUAUUGCUGCGGAAACGGCCAUGAAAACAUCUUGCAGACAAUCUUUUCCAAUUUAAUUAGUCCAAUCAAUAUGAAGAUAAACAUACUCCACAACUAUUACAAAUGCCAAUAAUUUCUUGUUUAAUUCUUCAUUCAGUGUAUAUCUACAGUUAAAGGGCCUAUAAACUGUCAGCACUUUUUAACUCUUACCAGUCCUAAUCCACCCAAUCUGAUUCUGUUUCCCGACUUUCUGAACCAAGUUAAUUUUUCACAGAUGUCCUUAUGUUAUUGUUAAUUAUUAGUGCUAGUUAAUCCAGUAAUAUCUAUUUAUCAAAUUAAAUGGCUUAUUAAUUGCUCAGUAUUUUUGAUGUGAUGGGAGCAUAAUAUGGAACAAAAUUAGACAGUUUCAGAGGUAUUUCUAAAUCAAAUACUUGAAUUGUACGAAGCUUCGAAAGAGCCAUUAUAGUCAGAAUCAAGUAAUUUGUAAAGUAAAACCAAAGAGCUGCCAAUGGUAAAGAUCCGAAACAAAAUCAGAAAUUCUUUGAGAAGCUCGGCGGAUCUGGCAGCAUCAGUGGAGACAAAGCAAGAGUUAACAUUUUGAGCCCAGUGACUCUUCUUCAGGAGUGAUAGUAGCUCGGAAAAGGUGGUAUUUAUGCUGAUAAUGGGGUGAUUAGGGUGGGUGAGGAGCACAGAGAGUCCAGAGAGACACAAAUAAAGUUAGGCAGACAAGCACAUAGUUCGUAGUAAGCCAGGAAAGGAGAAAAAGCUGAUAACAGUGUCCAUGAGUAGGCGAAAGCAGCAUUAACGAGUAUAUGGUGUGGGUUUGGCUAAAGGACAUGGAAGGUAGAGUUCAGGCUGUAAAUUUGUUGAAUAUGAUAUCGAAGGCUACAUAGUCCCUGAAUGUAAGACGAGGCGCUGUUCUUCCUGCUUGCGCUGAUCCUUGCUGGAACACUGCAGAAGUCAGAAAUAUUGCCCGGUGAGCACAUGAAGUGGCAGGCAACUGGAAGCUUGGGGCCAUUUUUAUGGACAUAAAGUGGGUGAUCUGCGAAGAGGUCACCCAGCCUGCGUUUUGUCUCCCCCGUGUAGACGGGAUCACAUUGUGCACAGUGAAUACAGCAAAAUAGAUUGAGUGAAGUGCAGGUAAAUCAUGGCGUCACCUGGAAGGUAUGACUAGGGCCUUGGAUAGUGAGGAGGGAAGAGGUAAAUGGAUGACUGUUACACCUUCUGCGAUUGUAUGGGAAAUUGCAGUGGGAGUGUGGGGUGCACUUGGGAGUGGGGAAGGAGUUGACCAUGGUGUCCUGGAGGGAAUAGUUCCUGUGAAAUACUGACAAGGGGAGGAAGGAGAAUAGAUGUCUGGUGGUAGCAUGUGGCUGGAGGUAGUGGAAAUGGCACCUUAUGAUACUUGGUAUACACGUGUAGGUGGGUGGUAACUGAGGACCAGGGUGAUCUUAUCACUAUUGUGGAAGGGAAGGGAAGGGAAGGGCUGAGGGCCGAAGUGCAGGAACUGGAUCAGACACAACUAAGGGCCCUGUUAAUCACAGUGUUGGCGAAUCCUAUGUAGAGGAAAAGGUGGGAAUUUCUGCAGAAGGUGGCAUCAUCAGAACAGAUGCAAUGGGGAUGGAGAAACUGGGAGAAUGUGAUGGAGUCCUUACAGGAGAUAGGGAGUGAGGAUGUAACCUCCAGGUAAUGGUGGGAGCUGCUUGACUUUUAGUGGAUAUUGGUGCCAGCCUACCCCCAGAAAUGUAAACAGACAGUCGAGGCAGGGAAGGGGGCAGUCAGAGAUGGAUCAGAUGAAGGUGAGAGCAUUGUGGAAAUUGGAAGUAAAAUUGAUAAAUUUUCCCAAUUCUAAAUGCGAGAAGGAAGCAGCACCAAUGAUGUCAUCAAUUUACCAGAGAAAGAGUUCUGGGGAAUGACCCAAGCAGGACUAGAACAAAGAAUGUUCCACGGACACACAGAGACAGGCAUAACUAGGGCCCACCUACCCACUCACUCCUCCUCCUCCCCUCCCCACUGUGGUCAGAAUAAAUACCACCUUUUCCUAGCUGCUGUCAGUUCUGAACAAAGAUCACCGGACUUGAAAUGUUAACUCUGCUUUCUGUUCAUAGGUGUUGCCCGAUCUGCUGAGUUUCUCCAGCAAUUUUGUUUUUGCUUCAGAUAAUCUGUGCUUGCUAGAAUGAGGUUAUUCCUCGCACUGUUUCUGGAGAAAUCCUCUUGUUCAAUGACAUAUUCCUACCCAAGCUCAGUAGGUGAGGGAAUUGAUCAAUGUUUCCUCGAAGCUGCACGCGUAUAGCGGCUCCAGCCUUCUGUAUGUGGCAAUCAGCACCAGCAUAUCUUGUCACAUCCUUAUCUUGCCAACUCCACUCUCUCUGGUAACUCUUUCUGGGUAACUGCCUGUCCUGCAAUCUCUGUAGUUUAAAUGGACUUUGGCCCAGUGUUGAUCGAGUGUUUUUUUCUGUGUUGGUGUCUACAGGUUCUCCUGAUAAGUUCACCCUUGUGAGAAAGCACCGAGCUUCUAACCCAGGGAGACUGAAACACAUAUUUCCGAAAUGAACUCAGGGCCAUCAACACAUGACUGACUUGUUCGGGUCACCAGGCAGUGGACUCUAUGACAACCUACAAGAAUAUGACAUCCCAUACCCAGAAGCCAUCUUUGAAAUCAACUACUUUUCCCACAAUCCAAAGCCUUUCUUUGCUCUGGCCAAGCAGCUGUACCCUGGAAACUGCAAACCUAACUACACACACUACUUUGUCAGACUUUUACACCAUAAAAAGUUACUGCUACGAAUGUACACUCAGAACAUUGACGGCCUGGAACGCAUGGCUGGAAUCCCAAUGGAGAAAUUGGUGGAAGCUCAUGGAACAUUUGCUACAGCGACGUGUACUGUGUGCAUGGAGAACUUCUCCUGGGAACAGCUGAGGGGAGAUGUCAUGGAAAGGAAGGUGCCUCACUGCCCUUCCUGCUUUGGGGUCAUUAAACCCGACAUUAUUUUUUUCGGGGAACAGCUGCCUGUAAAGUUCCACCAGUACAUCAUUGAUUUGCCUUUGGCAGACCUGCUCAUCAUCCUGGGGACAUCACUUGAGGUGGAGCCAUUUGCAAGUUUAUCGGAGAUGGUGAGGGAAUCUGUUCCUCGUGUCCUCUUCAAUCAGGAUUUGGUGGGAUCAGUCACUCGGAAUCCACUGAGAGCCAAUGAUGUUGUGGAACUGGGAGAUAUUGUAACAGGAGUGAAGAAAUUUUCCGAGAUGUUGGGAUGGCAUGAGGAAGUGAAUAACCUGCUCGCUACAGAGCAUGAAAAGCUGGACAGGGAUAUCAUUCAGCAUUCAGAGUGAAUUGAUGCCUUGUGAAGAGGAUUCCCUUACAAGUUCUUUGAAAUAAAAUAAUCCUGGAAUUUUGAAGUUUU